GAUGAAGGGAAAAGUGUAUGUUUUAUCCUUCAGAAAUGGCAAGUUCCAGUCCUACAUACUUGGAGAUGGAAGAAGGAGACCUACCAACCAGAUUAAAGUUCGUGGAUGAUUCAGUCCCUUUUGACAGCCCUUUGUUGAUUGCUUAUGCUACCCGAUUGUAUGAGAAGUUCGGGGAAUCUGCCCUUCGAUCCUUAAUCAAGUUUUACCCAUCUAUUUCACCUUCGGAUGUGAUGCAGCUUUGUCAUCAGCAUCCUGCGCAGUUUUUGGCCUACUUAGACAGUCUGGUGAAGUCAAGGCCUGAAGAUCAACGGCCCUCCUUCCUGGAGUCCCUUCUACAACGAGAGUCUGUAAGAUUGGAUUGGCUGCUUUUGGCAGUGUCCCAUGAAGCUCCCCCAAGCACAAGCACUAUGGAUGAGGAAGGAAACCCCAGGCCUCAUUCACACUUGUUUUCCUAGGGUUAUAAUCAGCUGAUCUUUCAUCUAAUCAAACUGCCUGCAGAUUUUACAACCAAAGAGAAAAUGACGGAUGUCUGCAGGUCUCAUGGUUUCUGGCCUGGACACCUCACUCUCUGUUUGGAGCUGGAGAGGAGAAGGGAAGCCUUCGCCAACAUCGUGUGUUUGAAUGACAUGAGCCUGAUGGAAGGGGACAAUGGCUGGGUCCCAGAGACCGCGGAGGAAUGGAAGCUUCUCCUUCACCUUGUGCAGAACAAGAACACAAAGCCAGUGCCCCAGGAGGCAGCAAAUGGGAACUUCAGUGAUGGGCCUUCCCCUGUCAACGUGGAGAAUGUGGCACUGCUCUUAGCUAAGGCCAUGGGUCCAGAUCGGGCCUGGUCACUGCUGCAGGAAUGUGGUCUGACCCUCGAGCUGUCAGAGAGGUUCACCAGAACCUGCAACAUCCUAAGGAUCGCCGAGAAAAGGCAGAGAGCCUUGAUCCAAAGCAUGCUUGAAAAGUGUGAUCGGUUUCUCUGGUCUCAGCAGGCCUAGUGGAAGAAGAUCGAACAGGAUGUCCUGACAUUUUGAGGAAAACAGAAUCAUGCUCCUGAAUGUCCUGAAUGUGUGUGUCAUUGAAGGGACGGCACUGCCCGAAAACCUUGCCACCUUCUUGGGAAUACUUUGCCCGGUGUCUGUAACCUCUGCAUUCAUGGGUUCUCUGUGGCCUCAGUGUUUCUCUACCAAAGGUGACCUUGGAAAGGAAUCAGCCCUUGUUUACUGCCAUGAAGUGUUCUGGCUUCAGAAUGUGAGUGUUCACAGCUCUGAGUCCUGACUCUGACCAGCAGUGUUACCUGUUCCUUGCUUGGGGGCCGGGGGAGCAGAAGUUUCUCAUUGCGGCCACAUGGAGACAGAUAAUGUAACUGACUUUACACUAUCAGGAGUUGAAUUCUUUUUACAUCUUGUCUGGGACAAUUGAGAAAUUACUGAAAUAUGACCAGGUGUAAUGGAAUUAACACCUCAAAUGAGUAAAACACAGAAGACUGAAUUUAGAUAUUUAAAUGAAAUAGCCCCAUGUGUAAAUUGAGCUAAUUUAAAUACAUAUUUUUUUCCAGUGUUUGACAUUUUCUAACCUGAACCCAUAUCCAACCGACUAAUUCAUUACCAGAAGUGUUUUAUCUCUAAUCUUUCCUGAACAGAGAGUAAUUCAAAGACAUCAUGCACUUUCAGAAAUUAUUUUUAAAAGUUACAAUAAAGGAAGUCUAAGUACUAAUAAAGAUUGAAGCAAG